AUGUUGCAACCGGUCUAUGUCGUUAGCCGGACGCGACUCGAUACGAAUUUCCGGGUAAUCCAUGCACUACCUUCCACCGUUUUCUCGCCAAAAGGUCUUUAUCAUCUUAUUCGGCUUUUGGAUACCAGCAGACUUGAGGAAGCUCUUACCAAGGAAGCAGCAGGAAAUCCUUUAUAUCCAAACUCAAACUGCACCAAGGCGCAUCCGUAUCCCCCUCUCUUGGACCUCAGCCACCAGACCCUCAUACCGAAGAAGCUUUCUUUCAUGAGCCUCUCAAUACCCUCCUUGUUUAAACCUUGUAUCCUCUGUUUAUUUGUUCAUAAAUCAACCGAAAGCUUCGUCCGCUCGCCAUUCGAAACGCAGUCACUAGCCUUUUUUUUUUACAGACCUUCCCGCCAAUAUACAAACUUUGUUCGAACAGACAGUUUGAAAGGGCGGCGAGGAAGAUUACCAUCAAAACCGAAGAGCCCACAAGAGUCUCCACCGUCCCCGCCCGUCAGCCUUAUCACUGCGCUUGUGCGUGCCCACGUGGACACUUCUCCCGACAUUCCUAAUCUUGAUUACAGCAAGUAUAAGGAACUCUCAGGUGAAGACAGUCCGACUGCAGAAGUAGACAGAGUUCGCCUUUUCUACGACAUUCUUGUGUCUUCUGUUGACGUCAUCAAAUGUUGGGCCGAGAAAAUUCCUGGCUUUCACGACUUGUGCAAAGAAGACCAAGAACUUCUCUUCCAGUCGGCCACACUUGAACUUUUCGUCUUACGAGCAGCCUACAGAGUGCAACCAGACUCGGACAAAAUUAUAUUUUGCAACGGAUUAGUAUUACAUCGAUUGCAAUGUUUACACAUGUUUGGUGAUUGGAUCAAUUCAAUAAUCGAAUUCGGCAUGUCAUUGCACCGAAUGACCCUCGACAUCUCAUCGCUAGCCUGCAUGGCCGCGCUGUCCAUGAUCACAUUACGCCAUGGUUUACGUGAGCAGAAAAAGAUGGAGGAUUUGCAAAUGAAGAUCAUAGACACACUGCGCGACCACUGCAUCUACAACAGCGAAGCCCAAAAGAAACCUCACUUCUUCUCGCGUAUUUUGAGUAAAAUCGCCGAGCUUCGGUCGUUAAGUCGGGAGGGACUGCAAAGGUUGUUCUACUUCAAAUUGGAAGACGCCAUUAAAGCCCCUCCAUGUCUUUCUUUCUUCCUCUCUUCCACGAUCUCUCCUUCCUGCCCCGUUCUCUCUCUCUCUCUCUCUCACUCUCUCUCUCCAUUCCCUCUGCAGUCUCUUUAA